CCCUCCUGCCAGGCCGAAGCGCCCCCAAGCGGCCAGGGGCGGCGCCGGGCCGGGCGGGCUCUUCCGCUCCUUCCCGGCCCUCCUUUCCCAGCUGCAGCGGCGGCACCCCCGCGCGGCGCUCCGGAACAUGGCGGCGAUAACGGUCGCGAGGCGGUGAGGAGCCGCGGCGCUGUCAGACAACUUCCGUUCAGUAAACCUGAGCCAGUUCCAAGGUGAGGACCUGUAACAGACAUUAUAAUGCGGAAGCCAAGCCCUCAGAAGGGUCAUUUUGCCUGGGAUAGAUACUUGAAAGAAACAUGUUCCAUCCCAGCUCCUGCACAUUGCUUCAAGCAGUCAUACACCCCACCAAACAAUGAAUUUAAAAUCAGCAUGAAGCUAGAAGCCCAAGAUCCUAGAAAUACGACAUCUACUUGCAUUGCUACUGUGGUUGGACUGACAGGUGUCCGUCUCCGAUUGCGCCUCGAUGGCAGUGACAAUAAGAACGACUUUUGGCGUCUGGUGGAUUCUGCAGAAAUCCAGCCAAUUGGUAACUGUGAAAAGAAUGGAGGGAUGCUGCAGCCUCCUUUGGGAUUUCGGCUGAAUGCUUCUUCUUGGCCCAUGUUUCUCCUGAAGACUCUGAAUGGAGCGGAAAUGGCUCCUGUUCGAAUUUUCCAUAAGGAACCACCAUCUCCAUCCCAGAAUUUCUUUAAGAUGGGGAUGAAACUGGAGGCUGUAGACAGGAAGAACCCACAUUUCAUCUGCCCAGCUACUAUUGGCGAGGUGCGAGGUUCUGAAGUUCUCAUCACUUUUGAUGGCUGGAGAGGAGCAUUUGAUUACUGGUGCCGCUAUGAUUCUCGUGACAUCUUUCCUGUUGGCUGGUGUUCACUGACUGGUGACAACUUGCAGCCCCCUGGAACAAAAGUGACGAUCCCAAAGAGCCCAUUCCCUGCCAUUGAUGUCAUAUCUGAAAAGAGCAACAUGCACAGUGGUGUAAAAACUAUCCUGGAGCAUCAACCUGGGCAGAGGGGUCGCAAGCCUGGUCGUAAGCGAGGCCGGACACCCAAGGCUUUGAUCAGUCAUCCCAAUCCCAACCCCACAAAGACAGUGGAGCCUUUGAAAUUCCCCAAAAAGAGAGGACCAAAGCCUGGCAGUAAGAGAAAGCCUCGAAUUUUACUAAAUCCAGCACCCACCUCCCCUACAACCAGCACCCCUGAACCUGACACUAGUACGGUACCACAGGAUGCAGCUACUAUCCCUAGCUCUGCUAUGCAGGCUCCUACAGUUUGUAUCUACUUGAAUAAGAAUGGUGACACUGGGCCUCACAUGGACAAAAAGAAAGUCCAAAAACUCCCAGACCAUUUUGGACCGGCUAGAGCAUCUGUAGUACUUCAGCAAGCAGUCCAAGCUUGCAUUGACUGUGCUUAUCAUCAGAAAACUGUCUUCUCAUUCCUGAAGCAAGGGCAUGGAGGCGAGGUCAUUUCAGCUGUGAUUGACCAUGAGCAGCAUACUCUGAACUUACCAGCUGUCAACAGCAUUACGUACGUUCUCCGCUUCCUUGAGAAACUCUGCCACAACCUGCGCAGUGACAACCUCUUUGGAAACCAGCCCUUCACUCAGCACCGUAUGCAGCACUCCCACGAGUAUGGACAUGACAGGUACCUACCAGACAGAAGCAUUUCAUUAGACGGCUCUCUCCAGGGACCGGGUCGGGGUUCAAAGAGAUAUUUCCAAGAUUCCCCUCCAUACAGUGCUCCUCUCUCCCCCAAGUUACCAAAGAAUGACCAUCAUCCUUUGGAAGGUGAAACCUUUGUACUGAACGAUGGUCUCCCAGGUCCCUUGGAGCCUCGACUGGACCCUAUGGACUCUGCCCUGAAUGCUGUCACUGCAGCCAGUCCCAGCAGGAACUCAAGAGACUACCGAAUUCGGGGAUACAGGCAUCUUCAUCAGCCUUCCAGCCUCAGUCAGUGUGGUAACUCAGCCGUGCAUAGACUCAGUACUGGGGUCUCUGACAGAUACCUUGCUCUGCGAGACAGUACACAGUUAGGCGCCCGGGACCCUUCUGCCUGGACAGUGGAAGAUGUCAUGCAGUUUGUGAGAGAAGCUGACCCCCAACUGGGACCCCAUUCAGACCUCUUUCGUAAACACGAAAUUGAUGGCAAGGCCUUGCUAUUAUUGCGCAGUGACAUGAUGAUGAAAUACAUGGGCUUAAAGCUGGGGCCAGCACUGAAACUCAGCUACCAUAUUGACAAGUUAAAACAGGGCAAGUUCUGAAGAACGAAGUGUCAUUCUGGCAGAAGUCUUGCAAACAUCGUGCUCUCUUCUCCAAUACAGAAGGUAACGUAAACCUGCAUUUCUUGCCCACCGCGUUAUAGCACUACAAGAAUAUCUUCGCUACCACAGAAAAGAAGGUUUUAUCCUAGAGGAAGACCCCGGUCACGCCAGACCUUCAGAUGAGACUUGGAUAUAGACAGUUUGGCCUGAAAGGAUAAAUGUUUCCUCUACUUUCUGCUGGUGGAAUUUAGGACCAUAGGCAAUUUUACUGGGAAGAUGAGCUUUGUAUAUGGAGUUCUGAAAGAGCCGCAUUCACGUUGGACGUCGCUAUUGGGCCCUUCUUUGCACCAUGUUCCUUUUCCUGCCCUCCUCAAGGAUUCUCUUCAUGUUGCACCAAGAGUGCAUUUUGGCUGGGCAAUGCCAGGCGAGUGUUCCCAUUCUGUGCCAUGCAGAAAAGACUAACUGCAAGGAACCAGUUCUUUCAUAAGAUAACCAGGUGCUGUUUUCCAGAUUAUCCACUCCCUUUGUAUCAGGGAUUAUAGCAGAGGACACACCAUUCUGCUAGCCCUAAUAUCUGAAUAUAGAUUUUUAUUUUUAUUUUUGCUUUGCCUUCAUGGAGAUCUCAGUCUACCAGUUUCCAAGUGCAGCUGACAUGAUAGUAGAGUUCUGAUAUUUAUUUGGAACAAAAAGGAAAGACAAUUGUGAUGGGCUGAAAAGUGGAUCCGCAUUAAUAUCUCUAUCACUUGAAGCUCUUCAGAUAAGUUGGCGGGAAAAGAGCUUUCUUUACCAGAUGUCAGGGUAGAUAACCAAAUAGCCCAAACAAGAAUAUGAUCUUUUUCUAUUUGAUAUUGAAAUAGCCGCUGUUUAGAUUUUUUGCUGGGAAGUUAAAUAUUUCUUAUUCGACAGUAGUACCAUUUAACAUCCCUCCACUUCACACUAUGGCUGAGAGGUCAUUGUAAUGUUGACUAUAUAGGGAACUGGUUUUUGAAAUGUUUGCCCAUCCCCAGUGUGAGCAGACAAACAUGAAUUGAUUUGUACUGUAUGUAUGCUGGAAAAUGUUUAAUGUAUUUAUUUUUAUGGCACUUAAGCAGUGACCCCUGCUGUUCCAGAACUGAGGAUGUUUCUUGCUAGUAAAUGAAAAUGAGAGAAGGUGGUAUUAAGCUGGUGCCCCAAAGUUCUGCUUCUCUAGAGAUCCAUGAAUGAAGACUUCUUUGCUUCCACAAAGCAAAACUAUGAGGGCUUUUGAUUUCUUUACCUACUCCGGACACUGAACAAUGUGCCCUGUCUUUUGAGAUGCAUAGACACGGGCCUUUGGAUUAGUCAUGUAUGGCCUUCCCCAUACUAUAAACUGGGCAUAGGGCAGUGUGUGAUACACAUCAUUUUUAAGCUCCUUCUUUCUUCCCAAGUCACAUGCUUUACUACCCUUCCUGUGGAUACUUCUUCCUCCCUCAUGAGGCUCUUCUGGAAGAGCAAAUUUUUGGACUGCUCCAGAAGAAGAGAUUAAAGAACCUAAAAUUUAAAAUGCAAAAACAAGUGUGAAAAGGAGCUUACUGCAGAAGGAUGCAACUCAGCCGACAUGUGGCUUGCCUGGUGUAGCCUUCCUUUUGGGGCAGGGUUACAGUCUUUGUUAUUGCUGUCUGGCUACACAAUCACAUUCCUGUGAACAGGAAGCAGGGAUGAUCCUAUCAAUAUUUUUUUCUGCACUUAAUCUGUUGAUUUUGUUUAUAAAUAAAAGAGGGAAGGAAAGUG